AUGUGGAAACCUAUCUUUGCAGACUUAGAAACAAAUAAAAAUUUGAAUGUAAAUAAUUGUUCCCGUACAUUUAUCCUCUUGGGCUUCUCUUACAACUGGAAGAUUCAGAUCCUCCUCUUUUCAGUCUUUUUUGGAACAUACAUCUCAACCCUAAUUGGAAACCUGUGCAUUAUCUGUGCCGUAAGGUGGGACUAUCGACUACAAACGCCAAUGUACAUCCUGCUGGCCAACUUUUCCUUCCUGGAGAUCUGUUACAUCAACUCUACUGUCCCCAAUAUGUUAGCUAACUUUCUCUCUGAGAGCAGCACCAUCUCCUUCUCUGGAUGCUUCCUCCAGUUCUACUUCUUCUUCUCCAUGGGCACCACUGAGACUUUCUUCCUGUCUGUCAUGGCCUUUGACAGGUACCUUGCAAUCUGCAAGCCCCUGCACUACCCCACCAUCAUGACUGUUCAAAACUGCUGCAGAAUGGGAGCCGGCUGCUGGGCAUGUGGCUUCUUGUGCUUCCUUUUGCCCAUUUACCUAGUUUCUCAGCUCCCAUUUUGUUGUGCAAAUAAAAUUGACCACUUCCUAUGUGAUCCAGGACCACUUAUAAAGCUGUCCUGUGAACCAGCUCCUGGCACUGAAAUCAUCUGUGCCAUCUACAACUCAGUCCUCAUUUUCUCCACCUUCCUCUUCAUUACCAGCUCCUACACCUUGGUGAUCAAAGCUGUACUCAGGGUCCCCUCUGCAGAAGGCCAGAGAAAGGCUUUCUCCACAUGUGGCUCCCACCUGGCUGUAGUAUCUCUCUUCUAUGGCUCCAUCAUGGUUGUGUAUGUGAGCCCCACAGCAGGAAAUCCAGCAGGCAUGCAGAAAAUUGUGACUUUGUUCUAUUCUAUGUUAACUCCACUUUUCAACCCCUUGAUCUAUAGUUUACGGAAUAGGGAGAUGAAGGAGGCCCUGAGAAAACUGUUCAGCAGUGUGAGGUUUCGACAGAGCCAUGGAAAAGGUUUUUGA